GGGGCGGGGAGGGGGGGGACGCCGGAAUCCGCCUCCAUCCUCCGCCCGCCGCCCCCAUCCGCGCCCGCCGCGCCCGGAUCCGGCGAGAGCGGAGCCCGCCCGAGCCGGAGAGAGAGAGGCCCCUUCCGCGCAGAGCCGGCGGACCCAGCGUGCUCAAUGACCUUCCAGCGCGAUGUCCGAUCGCUCGGGGCCAGCGGCAAAGGCGAAGGACGGCAAGAAGUACUCGUCGCUCAACCUGUUUGAUACCUACAAGGGGAAGUCGCUCGAGAGCCAGAAGCCCGCAGCCGCCCCCCGCCAUGGCCUGCAGAGCCUGGGCAAGGUGGCCGUGGCCCGCCGCAUGCCGCCGCCCGCCAACCUGCCGAGCCUGAAAGCCGAGAACAAAGGCAAUGACCCCAACGUCUCGCUAGUCCCCAAAGACGGCACAGGAUGGGCAAGCAAGCAGGAGCAGCCCGACCCAAAGAGUUCCGAUGCCUCAGCAGCUCCGCCGCCGGAGUCGCCGUCGCAGCCGGCUUCGCAGACGCCUGCCUCCAGCCAAGCGAAGCGCCCCCCAGCAGCCCCCGAGAACCCCCCCACAGCGGCAGGCGGGGCAAAGUCCUGGGCACAGGCCAGCGUUACCCAUGGAGCGCACGGAGAUGGUGGAAAGGGAUCAAACCUACUGUCGCGAUUCUCUCGCGAGGAAUUUCCGACCCUGCAGGCGGCUGGCGACCAGGACAAGGCUGGCAAAGAACGGGACACUACCGAUGCGUCGUCUGGGCCCGCACCAAGCCUCCGCCCCCAGAGCGCCGGCUGGCGGGACGGAGGCGGCCGAGGCGCUGACGGGGAGCUGCUGCCCGACGAGCACCCCGGGGCCCACGACGCCCGGGCCGCAGGGGGGCCACAGCCCGCAGGGCCCGCCCAGUUCCCGCCCUACCGGGGGAUGAUGCCGCCCUUCAUGUACCCCCCCUACUUGCCCUUCCCGCCUCCCUAUGGGCCUCAGGGACCCUACCGCUACGGCGCGCCGGAGGCGCAGAGGUUUCCUCGGCUCUCUGGCCCCCGUGGGCCCCCGCACGCGCUGCGUGGCGCCGAGCCCGUGAGCCGCCCGCCGGUGCUCAAGCAGGACGACCUCAAGGAGUUCGAUGAGCUGGACCAGGAGAACGACGAGGGCUGGGCAGGCGCCCACGAGGAGGUGGAUUACACCGAGAAGCUCAAGUUCAGCGACGAGGAGGACGGCAAGGACUCGGACGAGGAGGCGGCUGAGGCGGGUAAGGACAGCGAGGCGCCGGCCCCCGAGCGCCCCACCGAGGGCAAGAGGAGCCCCAAGGAGGAACAGCUGCCCGCCAAGGCCGCCGGCCCCGAGGGGGGCAAGGAGCCGCCGCCGCCAGCGCCCCCCCCGCGCCCGCCCCCGCCGCCGCCCCCCAACCGGGGCAGCUGGGCGCAGCCCAACGAGUUCCCGCGGGCGCCCGAGGACGAGGACGAGGCCUGGCGGCAGCGGCGCAAGCAGUCGUCGUCGGAGAUCUCGGCGGCGGUGGAGCGGGCCCGGCGGCGCCGCGAGGAGGAGGAGCGGCGCAUGCAGGAGGAGCGCCGCGCCGCCUGCGCCGAGAAGCUCAAGCGCCUUGACGAGAAGUUCGGGGCCCCUGACCGGCGCCCCAAGGCUGAGCCGCCUCGGGAGCCCCCCAAAGAGCCGCCGGCGCCACCGCCCCCCCCGCCGCCGCCGCCACCGCCACCCCCUCCACCGCCCCUCGCCAAGGAGGUGCCGCCGGCUGCCGCCAGCCCCCUGCCGCCGCCGCCCCCCGAGGAGCCACGAGAGGCCCAGGAGUCUGAUGGCAGCACAGCCGAGGCCCCGGCCACCCACCCGGCCCCUGAGGCGUCCGCGGAUCCACCUCCCCCAGAAGAGCUGCCGCCCCCCCCCGCCGCAGCGCCAGCCCUCCCUGCCGCUGUUACUGCCCCCAAAGGGGAGCCCAAGGCAGAGGCAGCUGCCCCCCCCCGGCAGCCCCCACCGCCCGCCCAGGCCCUCUCCUACCCCAAGUACCAGAAGUCGCUGCCCCCCCGCUUCCAGCGGCAGCAGCAGGAGCAGCUGCUGAAGCAGCAGCAGCAGUGGCAGCAGCAGCACGGGCAGCCCCCCCCCGCGGCGGCGGCAGCCCCCCCCCCAGGCCCCCCCGCCCUGGGGGCCCUGGGGCCGGGCGCUGGAGUGCACCCCCCUGCCGGGGGCCCCCCACCCGCCCCCCCGGCCCAGCCGCCGCCGCCGCCGCCGCCGCCUGGGCCCCCUAAGGCCCUCUACGCCGGCUCCAUGGGGCGCCCCCCGCCCCUGCCCCAGAUGAACUUCGACCCGCGCUGGAUGAUGAUCCCCCCGUACAUGGACCCCCGCAUGAUGCAGGGGCGCCCCCCCGUCGACUUCUAUCCCCCUGGCGUGCACCCCUCCGGGCUGCUGCCCCGGGAGCGCUCGGACAGCGGGGGCUCGGCCUCGGAGCCCUUCGAGCGGGCGCCGGCGCCUCGGGAGCGCGGCACCCCCCCCGCCGAGCCCCCCCUGGGCUGGGGGGGCGACGCCGCCGCCGCCUUCGCCACCCCGCUGCGGCCCCCCGACGACGACGGCGGCGACCCCAAGGGCCGCAGAGGAGUGAGACGCCCCCAGUGCGCCUGCGGGACCCCGGUGCCCCCCCGGCCUACGCCGGCGCCUACCCGGCCUUCGCCGAGAACGGCGCCCCGGCCCCUGCGCAGCGCUUCGCCGGCGAGGAGCCCCGCGCCUGGCCCCCCACGCCGGCGCUGCCGCCCGCCGCCCGCGCGCCCCCGCCCCCCCCCCGCGCCCCCCAAGGAGGAAGCGCCGCCUCCCAAGGAGCUGGCGGCGGUGGCGGGGGGGGCGCGGCGGGCCGAGCGCCCGGCCCGGCAGCCCCCCGAGGCGCAGCGGGCGCCGCGGCGCGAGCCCAGGACGGAGACGCGCUGGGGGCCGCGGCCCGGCGCCGCCCGGCGCCCCGAGGAGCCCGCCGAGAAGGCGGCGCCGCCGCCGCGCCGCGCCGGGCCCAUCAAGAAGGCACCGGGCAAGGAGGAGGCGGAGGAGCCGCGGGCGCGGGGCAAGGAGGGCGCCGAGGGCGGCCGCCCCGAGGCCCCCGCCCCCCGGGAGCCGCCCCGGGCCGCCCGCGAGCCCCGCGCCAAGGCGCCGCCGCCGGCAGCCGCCCCCAAGGAGCCGCCGGGCCCCGGCUCGCCCGCCCGCCGCCGCCGCGACUGCGCCUACGAGCGCGGCGGGGGCUACGGCGGCCGGGGCCGGGCGCGGGGCCGCGGCGAGUACUUCGCCCGGGGCCGGGGCUUCCGCGGCGCCUACGGGGGCCGGGGCCGCGGCGGCCGCGGGCGCAGCCGCGAGUUCCGCAGCUACCGGCAGCCCUUCUACCGGGCCGAGGAGGCGCCGGGUAAGGCGGCGGCGGUGGGGGGCGGCGUGGCCCCGGGGCCCCCGGCUGCCGCCGGCUCGCGGCCCCGCGCCGCCAGUGAGACGCGCAGCGAGGGCUCCGAGUACGAAGAGAUCCCGAAGCGGCGGCGGCAGCGCGGCUCCGAGACGGGCAGCGAGACCCACGAGAGCGCCAGCGACGUGGCCCACUCGGACAAGGAGGCGGCGCCGGUGGGCGGCCGGGCCGAGCGGGGCCGCGGCGCCGUCGCCGCCCCUGCGCCGGGGCUGCCCCGCUUCGCCGACAAGGCGCCGCCGCCGCCGCGCCUGGCUGAGCCCGGGGGCCGCGGCGGGCGCGUCUUCACCCCCCGCGGCGUCCCCUCGCGCCGGGGCCGCGGCGGCGGCCGCCCCCCGCCCGCCGCCUGGAGCCCCCCGGCCAAGGCUGCGCCCGGGAAGAAGCCAGAGCCGGCGGCCCCGGAGCCGCCGGACAAGGAGAAGGCGGCGGAGGAGGCGGGGGCCGCGCCGGGGCCCCCCAAGCCGCCCGCGGCGGCGGCCGGCGCUCCUGAGCGGGGCCUGGAGCGGCCGCCGCGGCGCCGGCGCCACGGCCGCUCGCAGCAGCAGGACAAGCCGCCCCGCUUCCGGCGCCUGAAGCAGGAGCGGGAGAACGCGGCGCGGCUCAACGGGGAGCCGCGGGGCCCGGCGGGCGGCCCCCCCCCCGAGCCGGCGGCCCCGCCGCCCCCUGAGGACCCCGCGGCGGCGCGCAGCCGGGCGCCCGGCACCAAGUCGCCCGACCUCUCCAACCAGAACUCGGACCAGGCCAACGAGGAGUGGGAGACGGCCUCGGAGAGCAGCGACUUCGCCGAGCGCCGCGGCGGCGGCGAGAAGGAGCCGGCGCCCGGCGGCCCCCCGGCGCAGGCCUUCCUCAAGGGCGGGGGCCCCGCGCUGCCCGGGGGGGCCCGGCCGCCCCCCGGCUCCGCCGACCUCAGCCUGGCGCAGCGCAAGGAGCUCUCCAAGCGCAGCUUCUCCAGCCAGCGCCCCGGCAUGGAGCGGCAGCAGCGGCGCGCCGGCCCCGGCCCCGGCCCCGGUCCCGGCCCCAGCGGGGGCAGCACCAAGGCCGGAGGGGGCCGCGGUGGGGCCGGUGGAGGCCGCGGCGACAAGCGUGCCUGGCCCUCGCCCAAGGGCCGCAGCCGUAACGGCGAGGAGCCGUCGCCGGGGCUGAGCCUGCCGCCGGCGCCCUCGGCCAGCGCCGUGUACCGCCUGGACCGCGUGGUGCACAGCGACCCCGCCGGCAUCCGGCAGGCGCUGGCCCGCCUGGGGGCCCGCCACGGCCCCAAGGGGGGGCCCGGCCCCGCCGCCGCCCCCCCGGGGCUGCCCCCCUUCCCGCCCGCCGCCCCACCCGCCGCCGCCGCCGCCAGCACCCCCGCCCCCGAGACGCCCUUCCUGGAGAAGCCGGAGCCGCUGCGGCCCGGCAGCGCUGCGCUCCGCGACGGCCCCGUGGUCGGAGGCUUCCUGGCCAAGCGCCGGGAGCGGGAGCGGCCCCCCCGCAAGCCAGAGGACCCGCUGGGCUGCCCCGGCCGCGGCGACGCCAAGCAGGAGGUGGCAGCAGGCGGCGGGGAGCCCCGGGGCCGGCCGGGCUCGGCCGAGGGGCUGGCCCCACACAUCUGGAACCGCCUGCAGAGCAGUGCCGCCCGCAAGCCCUUCGGCCCUGGCGAGCCCUGGAUGGAGCCGCUCGGCACCUUCGAGGACGUGGGCGGCCCUGAGAUGAGCCAGUCGGACAGCGGCGUGGAGCUGAGCGGGGAGUCGCGGGCCUCCUCGGCCUCCUGCAGCCAGCGCAGCUCCCCCGACGGGGGGCUCAAGGCCGCGGCCCCCCCGGGCGCGGGGCAGCCGGGGCCCCCCCCCGCCCCUGAGGGGCCCUCGGAGCAGCGCUGCCGCCUGCCCCCCCACGAGCCCGCUGCCCUCAAGGACAAGAAGGUCUGCAGCCCCCCGGCUGCCCCCCCAGACCCCAUCGGCACCGAGCGCUCGCAGCGAGCGGACAAAGCCAAAGCCGCCCCUGAGGACCCCCCCGGCCCCUUCGAGAAGGUCCGGCCCGCCCGGGCCCCGGGGUUCCCGCCGCCGCCACCGCCGGGGGGGGCAGCGGGGGGCCCGGACACCUGGGCCCCGCCGGAGGGUGACCCCCGGCGCCGGGGCAGUGGCGCUGGGAAGAGCGACAAGGAGCGGUUGCCACCCGCCGCCGCCGAAGGGCUGGAUGGUGGCUCGCGGGACUGGGAGCCGCUGCCAUCCGGGGGCCCGGCCCAGCCCCACAGCGGCCCUGAGGCUCCCCCAGCGCGGCCGGCUGAGCCCAAGGGCCUGCCCACCCCCGAGCCCCCGGGGCCUUGCCAGCGGCUCUAUCCUGAGCUCUUCUACAGUGGGGCUGGCGCCGUGGGUCAGGUCCCCAGUGGCCCUGUGGAGUCACAGCUGGGCACCAGUGGGAGCUACCGGCCGGGGACCCCCUCGCUGAACCCCUACAGGGCGGGGCCUGUGUUCGUGGCGGGGGCGGGGCUGCCGGCGGUGCCCCUCAAGGGCCCCUUCGUGGAGUUCCCGGCGGUGGCGGGGCCGGAGCUGGCCAAGCUGGGGGGCGCCGGGGGGCUGCUCUACCCCCCCGCCCCCCCCUUCGUCUACAGCCCCCCCUUCUGCCCUGACCCCCCGCUGCUCCAGGUGCGGCAGGAGCUGACUCCGCCCUCGGACUUCUACGGGCAGGGCGGGCAGAGCAGCUUCCAGCAGAUGCUGCUGCCGGUGGUGGAGUCGCCGGUUGUGAACUUCGGGGGGCCGCCGGGGCCGCCCGCCCCCCCGCUGCCCCUGCUGCCCCUCGGCCGCCUCGUGGCCCCCCCUGGCCGCCCCUUCGGGCCCCCCGGCCCCCCGGGGGGGCGCCCUGAGGCCCGUGGUGGGGGCCGAGGCCGCCCGGCUGAGGCCCCCCCCGGGGCUCCCCCGCCGCCCCGCGGGCCCCUGCCCCGGGCUGCUGCCCCCCCGCCACCGCCGCCCGCGGGGCCCCGCCGCCCCCCCGGGGCCUGGGGGGCCCCGCCACCCCCCCGGGGGCUGCCGCCUGCCCUGGAGCCCCCCCCGGGGGGGCGCCCUCCCCCGCGCCCCCAGUGACACUCCCCCGUGGGGGCCGGGGCUCCCCCUAUUUAUGUGGGGCCAGACAGGGGCUGUACAUAGGUAUGGACACGAGGGGGGCGGGCCCGCCGUGGGGCGCAACACCGCCAUGGGGCAACUGCCCCCCACCCCCACCUGGGCCUCCAGCCCCAGGUGAGAGCUGCCCCCUCCCCCGUGGGGUGCCCCCCACCGUGGGGGCUCCAGCUCCUUUGUUAAAGAGACAGGAAAAAAAACUGUUUGCAAAAAAAACACCCCCGAAAAAAACAAUAAAAGGUGGAAAAACU